AUGACCAACAACGAAUCCAUUCAGAGUGCAGACUCUCUAGUGAAUGGAGCGCUGUUCCAGCACCUCAGCAAGACUAGAAUUGAGAAAGAAAAAAUGAUGAAGGAAACGCAGUUCAACAUGGAUGAGUGUUGGACCAGAAUUGCUGAUGAUCUCUAUCACCGCACUUGCAACUAUUUGGAGGACAAGACCCCAAAAACAAACAAGUUGCACGCAAUCGUCCGCGACAUCCGCAUGGGCCACAAACACCGUCUGGAGUUCAUCCUCCCUCGUGCGACGCAGCGGUACAAGGCGUACACCUGCUUCAUAUUGUUCGAGAGCCUCCACUUGUGUCUUCAAACAGAGGGAAUUGCUCUCUAUUAUUUAGAUCGUAUCCGCAAAGAGGAAGAAGCUGCUCAAACUGCUUCAAAUGCAGUCGUCGUUGCAAGCAGUGCUCCAACUCCCAACGAUUGCACCAUCUUGUAA